AUGAGCAGCUGCGUCAAUCCUGCCAGAGACUCCAAGUUGUCCCACCGAGGCUCGCUCAGCACCUUCCCUGCCCAGCAAAUUUCCUUGGCGCGCGCCUCGAGCGCUCGACAGGCGUUCUCCCGUCGUUCGCCAGCACCGAGGUACAUCGCAGGAGUGGCCGUUCCGUCCGAAAGUGCGGCCGUCGAGAUGCCCAAAAGGGCCGAAUGUGGUGAUGUUCGAGCGCCGAGCGCGCAGAGUACGGCGACACCGAGUUGGGCCGACGGUUCCAGGUCGUGCAAGUUGGCCUGGUAUUCAGGGAUCCGUUCCGCAAGCGCAUGCAAGGCUGGUAACCGUGAGCAGCAUGCUCUCUGUCCCGCAUGCAUCAGGCUGAUCGUUAAGGCCUUAGCGGCGCUGGGUAAGCCGAGUCGAUGCUCGAUGCUGAAAGGUCCAAUGUUGGCGAGGCCGAGCCGCUCUUCGACCAAGAACUUGAGCAACGAGCAAGAUUCCUCCAGACUGAGAUUUGGGUGGAGGGCGCUAUGA